CUCUUUUCGCGCCUAUACCGUUACGCGCCGACUUGCAACCUGCAGUGAUAAAUUAUUCCUACCCCACAUUCAUUUACUUUCGGAUGGUUUUAUCGUUUCAGUUAUCUGAUAUCUGUGCCAUACGGUACCGUAGAACGGCAAGAGAGCAAGAAAAAAACUCCCAAGGUUCUAUACAUAGGGUUCUAUGUAGCUCGCUGCCUAAAAUAUGUCACUCGCCACCCCUCACCACCUCCCGAUUGGCUCGGAUAACGAGAAGGUUAUGAUACUGCCCAGCAACUCCCAGCGUUGAAUCUUGAUCGCAUCAACGGUAACGAGCCAGCCAGGCACCUUCAUUGUCAGGACAUCUCUACCACAUAUAUAGCAUAACGCAGCCACACAUGCAGCAACUCUCUUUCUCCUUCCCAGAUGGAUUCAUCUAUACCGGAAUCUCAGGAGACGAAGUACGCUCGCACUCUUGAUAAUGAAGUGAUAGUACAGGGAUCGAAACCUUCCAGUGUUAUUCGUGAAGAGUCCAUACUUCCAAAGGAUGAAAAGUCCAACGCUGUUGUCACUGAGCACAAGUCGGAUGAACUAACCGUCCAGUACGCUUCUGGAAGUAAAUUGGCAAUUUUGACCUUGGGAGUAUGUUUGGGACUUUUUGUGGUCGCCCUAGACAGCACCAUUAUCUCGACGGUCAUCCCUACCAUUACCACGGUUUUUGAUUCCCUCGGAGAUGUUGGUUGGUAUGGUUCAGCCUAUCUGCUCGUCUUGGCAUCUCUUCAACCAUCUUUCGGGAAGCUCUACACAGUAUUUGACUUGAAAGCAGUCUAUCUAAUUGCUCUCGUCAUAUUUGAAGUUGGAUCAGUUGUAUGUGCUGCCGCCACCAGUUCCCUCAUGUUCAUCAUUGGCCGAGCGGUAGCAGGAAUUGGGGCUUCUGCUUUAUUGUCUGGGAGCAUCAACAUCAUCGCAUAUGCUGUCCCUCUGGAAAAACGUGCGGCCUACAACGCUGGUGUGUCCAGUAUGUUCACUAUUGCUUCUAUCGUUGGCCCUCUUAUGGGAGGAGCCUUCACGGACAAAGUAUCAUGGCGAUGGUCAUUCUGGAUCAAUCUUCCUGUUGGUGGCGUUGCUUUCUUUAUCGUUGCCCUUUUCUUUACAUCUCCUGGGAGAAAGUCAAAGCUUCCGCUCAAAGAGAAGCUAGCGAAGCUUGAUUUUUUCGGUGCUCUAUUCUUCAUCGGUGGCACCAUCUGCUUGUUGUUGGCCCUCCAAUGGGGUGGGGCAACCUUCUCGUGGAAAGAUUCCCGGGUAUGGGGCUUAUUUUUAGGGUUUGGACUCAUCGUGCCCGUCUUUGUGUAUAUCCAAGUCAAGAGAGGAAACCGCGCUACUAUCCCGAUCUCGAUUGUGAAGCAGCGUACUGUUCUCAUCAGCAUUCUCUACUCGUUCUUGUAUAGCAUGGCUUCUUAUACGCAUAUCUAUUAUCUGCCUCUGUAUUUCCAGGCAGUUGAAGAUACGUCGGCAGUUGUCUCGGGUAUAAGGUUGAUACCGUACUUGGUCUUCAACACUGUAGUCGCAAUCAUGAUGGGGAUGUACGUCAAUCGCACCGGUUAUUAUUACUACCUCCUCUGGAUCGGUGCUAUUCUCUACACCGUCGGUGCUGGACUUCUCUCAACACUGGAUGUAAAUUCAUCCACCGCUGAAUGGGUUUGUUACCAAAUGAUCUCUGGUAUGGGACGUGGUUCGGGCCAAAUUCCAUUCGUCGCAGUUCAGGUUGUCUUAACUCCCGAAGAAGUUCCUAUCGGAAGUAGUCUGGUCAUGCUAUCGACAUCUCUUGGAGGGGCCGUCGCGCUUUCAAUAUCACAAUCAAUAUUCAAUAACGACCUCGUCAAGGAAAUCUCGAAAUAUGCGCCAUCUAUUGAUCCGAGUAUUGUCGCCGAUGCUGGAGCCACACAAUUUCGGGACUUCGUACCCGCUGACGCACUGAGUGGUGUGUUGAAGGCGUAUGCAAAAGCGAUAGAUACAGUCUUGAUACCCCCAAUCGCUUUUGCCGGACUUAGUUUGAUUAUCGCACUUGGGAUCGAGCGUCUGAAUGUGAAGACCAUAAAACAAUCUAUCGCUUCGGACUCGAAAGACGCCAAAGCUUAAAGCAGUUCUAAAGCCUAAUCCUUACCAGGGGGUGAUUUACCUGGUCGCUCGUUUUCCUAAACCAUAUAUUUUACUAAUUUCUGCACGUACUUGCUCUACUAAUAGUAUACACCUAACGUGGAACUUCAAAACUUUCUGCGAGGAAAAUAAUGAAGCGAGGGGAGUCGCACUUGAAGAUGUUGGAAAACUCGGCCCCGGGAGAAUUGAUUGAAUUCCCGUUACCUUUGUUAGAGGUUGAAGGGUCUUAUACAGGGAAAAGUUGUCAAUUCGAGCCUAGCUAGCCAUCUUGUAGAAUGAGGAAGAACUUAAUCUCUGUAAUUCUUUAGUUGUGGUUUCUGAAAUGUCAUUGCAGGUCAUUGCA